AUGGGAGAACCUGCAUCGACCAGUUUUCCAAGGCAGCCUGUUCUGGGGAGAUUCAAAAGACCUAUGAUGCCCCAGACUUUAGAGAAGAAAAGACAAGUCCAUUUAGCCAAGGCUAAGCGGAAACCUCGUGAAAGGUCUACAUUUCCUGUAAGACUCACCAGUUGUAUUUUCAAGAAGCAAGUCACAAGGAUAACUUCCCACCCUGGCAAUGAGGUCAGGUGCGAUACAAGUGAGGAGACCUUGAAGAAGCCCCAGCAAAUCUCUGCGUACAGGAGACUGCAGGGACUCCAGGCCUGUGGCAGUGAAGGAGAACUUUUAAGUCCUUUGGAUUUCACAAAUACCUUUAAAAAUGUUCAUGAGUUCCUGGGCAGUCGUAAUCCUGGAUCUGUACACACCAGUCCUGAGCCCACCACGGCACAGUCUUUAUACUGGGCAGAGAUUCUCCCAGGAGUGGGUCUCUCUCUCCCACAGCCCUACUAUGGACAACCAGUAACAGCUGGAGAUAUUCGCAUACAGUCUCUAGUAGUGAAAAAAGCAAGGGAGAGACUGGCUGUGGCCUUGAUGGCAGACAGACUUGCCAAGGAGGCAGAGAGAGCCGGGAGUCAAGGAUCUUCUGAGCACUAA